AUGGAGACUAGUGCAUUUAGAUAAAAAGGGCAGAAUUCAAAAGUGUCCAACUUUGAGAAUGUUGAUAAUCAAUACAAUAAAGUACUUAUGAGGAAUAUUUAUAGAAUCUCAUCUUGCUUACCACGUAAGUUGAAAGACUUACAUAGGCUUUAAAGAAGAAAACAAAUGAAGUCGAAAUCCUCUAGAAUUAAAUUGAUACUUAGAAAUCAACUCAAUAUCCAUAGGAAAUGGAAGAAUUGAUUACGGUACAACUAAUUUAAAUUUUAGACAGUUGAAGAAUAAACUAAAGAAAUUGAAAAAUGGGCUUAAAAGUAUUAAAAUUUGCAAUAAAAGAAUCAGCAAUUGCAAUAGAGAAAUUAAGAACUAGAAUAAAUAGUGUAAUUACUUAAAACUCAAUCUUAUUAGGAGAUCAAAUCAACUGAAAGUAAAUAUUCGUAUUAAUUGAUUAGGUCUUCCAUCCAAGCGAUUUUAUUAAUCAGAAAUAGGUAGAAAUGAAAAUAAGUUUGAUUCUGAUGAAACAAACUUCAUUUCGUAAUCAAAACUUUAAUCCAAAUAAGAAGAGAUCAAUUAAUUGAAAUUGCAAUUAGGGUAGAUGAAAUAAGAACUUUUGGAAGAGAAGCAAAUUCAUAGAGAAUUACUGGAAGCUGAAGAAACCAGAGUUAGAGAAUAAGAGAGAAAAAAUUUUAAUCAAUACAAAUUAGAAACUAAAGAAUAAUUGUUGCUAUACAAGAAUUAAAUCCAAGCCUUGUAAGACAUGCUAGAGAACAAGUAAAUGGUUAAUAAGCAAGACAACUUUGAAGAAAAGAAUCGUUAGCUUAACUUAUAAAUUUUAGACAAGAACAAGAAAAUAGAAUUAUUGGAAAGUCUCAUUGCAUAAAAGGAUUCACAAAUAAACCAAUUGUAAUAACAGCUGGAAAAAUAUCAAAAAGAAUAAGUCUAAAUAAUUAAAUAGUAGUAAUCAUAAAAAUAACUAACACUUCCUUCCUCCUCUUCUACUUGCAGAGUAAUAUCAACUUAGCACUCUUCCUUUGAUAAUAAUUAUAGCUCCUUGGCUAACAUCAACAAAACUAACUCCAUUUAGGAUUAAAUCAAUCAAACUAUGGCUUAAAUCAAUAGAUCCAUUCAGUAAGUUGAUCAAAUGAAGUAAACUAAUAGCGUUAAUCAAAAACUGUAUUAAGAAUAAUUCAACUAUAACAAUAUUCCAAGUUCUUUGAGGAGUUCACAAAUGCCACAAAUGCAAUCUAAUUUAGUCAUCCAAGACAAGAUGAAAACUUUAACCUCAUUAUCCCAAUAGUAAAAUAGUUAAAACUAUAAUAAAUAUAUGUGA